UCCACAAAGCUUCGAAACAUACAUACAUAUAUAAUAGAGAGAAGAUUCUAGAGAGAGAGAAAGCGAAGCGGAGUUUGUACUCUACGUUUAGAGAUUUGUACUCUCUGUGUGUAUUGUGGAUCUAGAUCUCGGUGAGAGAGAGAGAUAUGGAGGUCGUAAGGCCUCAGUUGUUGAUUCAUGGAUGGAUCUCGGUUUUCGUGUUGCUUUGUUUGUUUUCAUUUGAAGCUCAAUGUUUCUAUCUACCAGGUGUUGCUCCUCAGGAUUUCCUCAAGGGUGACCCUCUGAUGGUGAAAGUCAACAAGUUGACCUCUACAAAAACACAGCUUCCUUAUUCCUAUUAUUCUCUUCCUUACUGCACUCCAAAACAAAUUGUUGACAGUGCAGAGAAUCUUGGUGAAGUUCUUCGUGGUGACCGUAUUGAGAAUUCCCCUUAUGAGUUCCGUAUGAGAGAACCACAGAUGUGCAAUGUUGUGUGCCGUACUGUUCUUAAUGCAAAAACUGCAAAAGAGUUAAAGGAGAAGAUUGAAGAUGAGUAUCGGGUCAACAUGAUUUUGGAUAAUCUUCCUCUUGUUAUGCCCAUAAAAAGGCCUGAUCUGGACACUACAGUCUAUCAGCAUGGUUUUCAUGUUGGUCUAAAGGGACAAUAUGCUGGAAGCAAGGAGGAGAAGCAUUUUAUCCAUAAUCAUCUGAUUUUCACCGUCAAGUUUCACAAGGAUCCACAAACUGAUGCUGCGAGAGUGGUAGGAUUUGAAGUGAGGCCAUUCAGUGUGAAACACGAAUACGAUGGGGAAUGGAAUGGCAAAAACCGAUUGACCACUUGUGAUCCCCAUGCCAAGCGUACUGUUACAAGUUCUGAUUCUCCCCAAGAGGUUGAAGAUAAGAAGGAAAUCAUCUUCACAUAUGAUGUUGAAUUUGAGGAAAGUGAUAUCAAGUGGGCAUCAAGAUGGGAUACAUAUCUUUUAAUGGCUGAUGAUCAGAUCCACUGGUUUUCAAUUGUUAACUCUUUGAUGAUUGUUCUUUUCCUCUCGGGCAUGGUAGCAAUGAUUAUGUUGAGGACCCUAUACCGUGACAUCUCCAAGUACAAUCAGUUAGAGACCCAGGAAGAGGCUCAAGAAGAAACAGGAUGGAAAUUGGUCCAUGGGGAUGUUUUUAGGCCUCCAAUUAACUCCGAUCUGUUGUGUGUUUAUGUUGGAACUGGUGUUCAGUUCUUUGGAAUGACAGUAGUCACAAUGACGUUCGCUGUCCUUGGAUUCUUAUCCCCUUCAAAUCGCGGAGGAUUAAUGACAGCAAUGUUGCUUCUCUGGGCAUUCAUGGGUGUUUUUGCUGGUUAUGCUUCAGCCCGCCUUUACAAGAUGUUCAAAGGAUCUGAGUGGAAGAAAAUUACUCUCAAGACAGCACUCAUGUUCCCUGGAGUUGUUUUCAUUCUUUUCUUCGUGUUGAAUGCUCUAAUUUGGGGAGAGAAAUCAUCUGGGGCAGUGCCAUUUGGAACCAUGUUUGCAUUAGUUUUCUUGUGGUUUGGCAUCGCAGUACCACUCGUUUUUGUUGGCAGUUAUGUUGGUUUUAAGAAGCCAGCUAUUGAGGAUCCUGUGAAAACAAAUAAGAUCCCUCGACAGGUACCGGAGCAAGCCUGGUACAUGAAUCCAGUUUUCUCUAUCCUUAUCGGUGGCAUACUCCCAUUUGGAGCUGUAUUUAUUGAGCUAUUCUUCAUCCUCACCUCAAUCUGGUUGCAGCAGUUCUACUACAUAUUUGGUUUCCUCUUCAUUGUGUUCGUCAUCCUUAUCGUCACCUGUGCCGAGAUUACCAUUGUGCUCUGCUAUUUCCAGCUAUGCAGUGAGGACUACCUUUGGUGGUGGAGAUCAUACCUCACUUCAGGAUCAUCGGCUCUCUACCUAUUCCUUUAUGCAGCAUUCUAUUUCUUCACAAAGCUUGAGAUCACAAAGCCCGUAUCUGGUAUGCUGUACUUCGGCUACAUGUUGAUUGCAUCAUAUGCUUUCUUUGUCUUGACUGGCACAAUUGGGUUCUACGCUUGCUUCUGGUUCACGAGGCUCAUCUACUCAUCAGUGAAGAUCGACUAAAGUGUCAUACUGCAGUUUCCUCAGAGAGCAUAUAUGUGGACACCAAAUUGUUUGUUGCUUCCAGGUUUUGAUAGUAGAAAGUUGCUUCCUGUAACCUACCCAACACAUGUUUUCCUCGAAUCUAUUUGUUCUUUUUAGUCUUUUCUGUAUGGAGACAUUUAAGAGGAUUUUAGGCAAUUCGAUCCUCAAUUACGGCAUGUUUUAGUUGACAAUAUGAUUCUUGUACCAAAAGAUCGUAAAGGAUGGUUUAUUUGUUAUUUAGUCAGUUAAUCCUCUUAUUUACUUAACCUUUAUAAAUGUAAGUUUUGUUCAA